AUGUCCAUUGCAAAGAGUCAAUGGGGGCAAGUGACACACUUUGUAGGAGGCUUGCUACAUCCCAUAGCGUGUCGUGCUCUCAAGAUGGGUCUAGAGGAUCUCACCUUCGAGCAAAGCGAGUGUUUAUUAGAAAAUAUGGCUGAUAAUCAGAAGAUAUAUAAGGAUGACAAGGAGUUGCUAGAAUCACUUAAAGGUCAUCUGAGACGACUCCUAAAGUGGAAGAAGCGAGAAGAGACUCAACGGAAAUCUUCAUCUCUCAAGUUAAAGAGGAAGUUUGAAGAGUUCGAAGAGUCCGAUGGUGAAACCUUGAGUUCUGGUUCUUCAUCUGAUGCUGACGAUUCCGAUGAUGCCGAUGACAGCGAUUACAGUCCACAAAAGGCUAAACGCAGACGUGUCGAGAAAGAGAGUAUGCCAGGCGCGGAGCGGUCAAGCCCGGUGCAGACCCAUAUCCCGGCGCAGAGCCAUAUCCCGGCGCAGAGCCAUAUGCCAGAAGGCAUGCCGGAAGGCAUGCCGGCAGGCAUCCCGGCAGGCAUCCCGGCAGGCUUUCCUGAGCCUGAGCGUGAUGGGGAAUCCGCUAAUUUAGAGCAAAUGCUCAUGGAGCGUAUCGAGCAGCAGCAGAUGCAGAUUAACGCACUCAUAGCAGCUAGCAUCCCUAAGCGCAGAAAGAGCGUCAAGGCUAAAGUGAGCGAUCAGGACAUUGUCCAUGCUGAUGUUAUCAAUCCUCCAGAUGUAGGAAGCAGUAGCGCCGCUGCUUGA